CGAAACGCACGUGCGGGCCGCGGGACCGCGCGCGCUCGAGUAGUGCGUCGCCCCGUGAAAAAGUCGGACGUCGUCGUCGCUCUCCGCGUCUCGGUCGGCACCGAACGGACGAUUCAAAAGGGUGUGCGUGCUCGUGAUCGAAUAAUAAAUCGGGACGAGGAUUAGCGAGAGAGCGAAGAGACGGACGGAGAAGAGGAGUUUCGCGUCAACUGAAGAGAGGCAACUACAAGAUACAGAAAACGCUCGUUAUAUUAUACAUAUAUAUACAUAUAUAUACACCCCGUCGUCAUCCUCAUCGUUUUCUUCUCCUUCGUCGUCGUCGUUGUCGUCGUUUAAAUGGUCGCGGAAAUGGCAGUCGGCGCGCAGAUAGAUACGUCUGAACGGGACACCGGUAACUCGACGAUUCCCUUGCUGAACGGCGACCAGAACCACGAGACCGCAAAGACGACUGAGGUGAAACGGGAAGCAGAAGAGAGCGGAAGCACGAGUUCUGCUGGCGAGAACGUUGUGGAAAAGGGAGAAGUCGAGGCGACGAAGGAAAGCGAGAAAGAGAAAGACAACAAGAAUAAUGAUGGGAACGAGAAGGAAGCGGACGUCGCUGAUAAGGAGAAGGAUCCCGCGAAUGAGCAAGAGGUCGUCUUCAUUCAGGAUAUGGGCUUCACCGUCAAGAUCGUCAGCCCAGGUUCUGAACCUUUCGACAUACAAGUCUCCAGCAUGGAGCUUGUGCAGGAAAUCCAUCAGCUACUCAUGGAUCGCGAAGACACGUGCCACCGCACAUGCUUUUCACUACAGCUGGAUGGCAACACAUUGGAUAACUUUGCCGAGCUGAAGAAUAUCGAGGGCCUGAAAGAUGGUUCGAUCAUUAAGGUAGUGGAAGAGCCGUACACGAUGCGGGAGGCACGUAUACACGUGCGACACGUGCGCGAUCUUCUCAAGUCCGUAGAUCCCGCGGACGCUUACAAUGGCGUCGAGUGUAGCAGUCUAUCAUUUCUCAAUGCCGUUACAAACGGCGAUAUCUUAGAGAAGAAGAAGACCCGAGCGGAUUCGGUCGAUUGCACGCCGCCUGAUUACAUCAUACCCGGAUGUAAGGAUAGGCCCUUGUUUCCUCUCCAGCCGCAGAUGAAAGAGCAAAAGUGCCCGCCGUGUCUAAAGGUCCUAACAACGUCAGGAUGGAAUCCACCGCCUGGCCAUAGAAAGCUUCACGGCGAUUUGAUAUAUCUGCAUGUAGUCACAUUGGAGGACAAACAGUAUUAUUUGACCGCAUGUGCUAGAGGUUUCUUUGUCAACCAGUCGACCAAAGAAGUGUUCAAUCCUAAACCAGCCACGCCUAGUCACUUAUGUCACAGCUUGAUCGAGCUGUUGAAUCAACUUAGUCCGGCCUUUAAACGAGGAUUUGCCGCUAUGCAACGACGCAGGACUCAAAGGCAUCCCUUCGAGCGAGUGGCAACACCUUAUCAACUGUACGCUUGGAGUGCACCGCCAAUUGAGCACACCAUCGACGCCAUUCGUGCAGAAGAUACUUUCUCUUCAAAGUUGGGGUAUGAAGAACAUAUCCCGGGCCAAACUCGCGAUUGGAACGAAGAACUGCAAACUACGAGGGAAUUACCACGUAAAAACCUUCCUGAAAGAUUACUACGGGAACGUGCCAUCUUCAAGGUUCACAGCGAUUUUGUGGCCGCCGCCACUCGUGGAGCGAUGGCGGUGAUCGAUGGUAACGUAAUGGCGAUCAAUCCCGGUGAGGAAGCCAAAAUGCAGAUGUUUAUCUGGAAUAACAUCUUCUUUUCUCUCGGCUUCGACGUGCGCGAUCAUUACAAAGAGUUGGGCGGCGACGCUGCAGCUUUCGUUGCGCCCCGCAACGAUCUACAAGGUGUCCGGGUAUAUGCGGCCGUGGAUUUGCCUGGUCUUUAUACUCUCGGCACCGUUGUCAUAGAUUAUAGAGGCUACCGCGUCACAGCGCAAUCUAUCAUACCAGGUAUACUGGAACGUGAACAGGAACAAUCGGUGGUCUAUGGAUCCAUCGACUUCGGAAAGACAGUUCUCACACAUCCCAAGUACCUUGAAUUGCUGAAUAAAGCUGGUCAACAGUUAAAGAUCCUUCCUCAUAAAGUUAUCAACGAUGCCGGCGAGGAGAUCGAACUUUGCAGCAGUGUAGAGUGCAAGGGUAUCAUUGGUAACGAUUCGCGGCAUUAUGUACUGGAUCUGUUGAGAACUUUUCCGCCCGAUGUAAAUUUUUUGAAAUUGGAAGGUGUGGAGCUAAGCAAGGAAGCGCGAGCCUUGGGCUUCCCGGUGGAGCAUAAACACAGACUGGCCUGCUUACGCCAGGAGCUCAUAGACUCGUUUGUUGAGGCCAGAUAUGUCCAAUUUAUCAAGCAUGCAGCUGUUCAUCUUCAACAGCUCACAUCAGCUAGAAGAUCUCAGAAGGAGAAAGAGGCACCUACCAAAGAGGAUAAAAAGGAGGAUUCGACUGCCAUGGUGACAGUGGAUAGUAACAAGGAAGAUUGCGCCCAAUCGUUGAUAGAAGCCGAUGAAGCUAAAAAGAUCGUCGAGAGCAUUACGGAUUCGAUCACAGGUGGCGAGAAACAAGAAUUGGAGGAGAGUACCAAGGAGAUAGUGCGAAGAGCUGCGGCGGCGGUGGGCAGUCUACGAGAUGCCGAGUUCGACGUGAGAUUUAAUCCGGAUGUGUUCUCGCCCGGCGUUAAACAUCCGGAUUUCAAUGGCGAUGAUCUGAAAAAACAGAAGCAAUUAGUGAAGGACGCCGCGGAUUUCUUACUUACAAUGCAGCUACCGACGUUCAUACGAGAGUGCCUAGACCAUACAGCGGCUGCGAUGGAUGGCAGCACGUUGGUGGAGGCUCUCCAUGGUAGAGGCAUCAACGUUCGUUAUCUCGGUAAAUUGGCGGCCAUGUUAGCCGCAGUGCCACAGCUACAGUAUCUUAAUCGCAUUGCUGUAUCCGAACUGAUUCUUCGAUCGGCCAAACACAUUUUCACUUCUUACAUGCAGGGUACGGAACUGAUGGGCCUGUCCGCAGCCGUCAGCCACUUUCUUAAUUGUUUGCUGUCCUCGGCGCAAAUGAUACACCCACAACAAAAUUUGGAAGAGCUUCAGAGCAAAACUGCGAAACGCCGUAAUAAACGCAAGGGUAGAAACAACGGGCCGCAACAGUCAGAAGUGGAGUGGGCAUCGUUGACGCCUAAAUCAUUGUGGCAGCAAAUUAAAAAUGAUUUGAAGGCCUAUUAUGACUGGGAAACGCCAAGUCCAGAGUCUCUGGACGCCACAAUAGAGCAUUUCCAUUUGCAAAAGAUUUCGCUGCUGCGUGGCUUCUGCAUCAAGACCGGCAUUCAGAUAUUGCUACGCGAGUACAAUUUCGAGAACAAGAACCGGGCGACGUUUUUCGAGGAUGAUAUAAUGAACAUUUUCCCCGUAGUCAAGCAUAUCAACCCUAGAGCUAGCGAUGCGUAUAAUUUUUAUACAACCGGUCAAAGCAAGAUUCAGCAAGGAUACUUGAAGGAUGGAUACGAAUUGAUUAGCGAGGCAUUAAAUCUACUGAAUAAUGUUUACGGCGCAAUGCAUCCCGAGAUCGCACAGUGUCUUAGAAUGCUGGCGAGAUUGAAUUACAUAAUGGGCGAUCACGCGGAGGCGCUCGCUACUCAGCAAAAAGCAGUUCUUAUGUCAGAGAGGGUCAACGGUAUUGAUCAUCCGUACACCAUUACAGAAUACAUACAUCUCGCCUUAUAUUCCUUUGCCAAUGGCCAAGUAUCUGUAUCAUUAAGAUUACUGUAUAGAGCACGUUAUCUGGCAUUAUUAGUCUGCGGCGAGGAUCAUCCAGAAGUGGCCUUGCUCGAUAGCAACAUCUCGUUGAUCCUACACGCGGUCGGCGAAUAUGAGCUGUCACUGCGCUUUUUGGAACACGCGUUAGCUCUGAAUCUACGUUAUCACGGUCCGCGUUCGCUUAAGGUCGCAGUGUCGUAUCAUCUGGUGGCACGCACGCAGUCGUGUAUGGGCGAUUUCCGGGCGGCACUGAACAACGAGAAAGAAACGUACGCGAUCUACAAGCAACAGCUAGGCGAGGAGCAUGAGAAGACGAGAGAAAGCAGCGAUUGUUUGCGUCAUUUGACCCAGCAGGCGGUUGUGUUGCAAAAGAAAAUGAAUGAGAUUUACACGGGCAAGUCUGGCGUGAGUUUGCCGCCGAUUCAGGUGCAGCCGCCUAGCAUGGGCUCUGUGCUAGACAUGCUCAACGUCAUCAACGGCAUUCUCUUCGUGCAAAUUAGUCAGCAAGACAUCGAUAACUUCAAAGCGGAGAUCGAAAAACGGCAGAAGGAACAAUCGCAGUUAGAUGGCGGCGAGGCUGCCAAGACCGAAAAGGAUGUGAAGAAAGACGACAAAGAGACGAAGAAAAUAUCCACGACGACGGAGAAGAAAGUCGAGAAAGUCGAACAAAAAAUGGAGAUAAAAAAACUGGAAACUAGCAAAACUGGGACUUUGGAGGCGGUCUUGGCGGCGGAGAGCUGAACUUUUCGCUUGUCGACAACGAACACCAGUAGUCUUUCUUUUUUCUUUUUUUAAGCCCUAGUCCCUCGUGGAAAUAAUUUUGCGCGAGGAUUGUCGUGUGUACGGUAAUAUAUUAUAUUAUAUAUUACACAUAUACUUGAUAUUUGCACUGUUUUUGUUAUAUCGUCUAAAAGCAGUUGAGGACUCUCGAAAAGAGACAAGAUGCAAAAUAAUGUCGUCAUAGUGUGUUCGCGAAAAAAAAAGAGAAUACAUAACACAUUCGCGCGAAAGAUUGAAUUUUCACGCGAAGAACGCGCACACUUAUUUGUUAUACUAAAUGUAUAUAACAAGGAGAUAAGGAAGUGCCAUGUCGUUUAAAAAGCAAUCUUCAAUACGAGCGUUUUAAAUGUCUUAAAUGUAAGAGGUAUUGUACCCUCUUCGCAUCACAAAAUCAAAGAGCAAUGUGAUUUCUUCACUUGUGCGCGAUCAUAUAUUUCUUUCCUUUUUUUAAGGGCCAACUGUUAUUUCAUCGAAACGAUUUAAUAGCGUUGAAAAAUUAAUCGAAUUUAUAGUAAGUUCUGAAGAUAGUCUUUUCUUUCUUUUUUCCUCUAUUAUGUAUACCACGUUUUAUUAGUCCUUUUUGUCAAAUCGCCAUGUGCUGUUUUGGCUUUCGUUGUUACUAGUCGCCAUCAAUAAAAAAAAAGAAAGCACCACGAUAUACCUAAAUAUAUGCGUAUAAUCUAUAAUCUUUCUUCAUUCAUUACAGCAAUCACAUGAAAGUGCUUCCUCUUGUACGAAUAUCAUUGAAUUAUAUAUUUAGGUUUCUAUUCCUAAAAUAUAAAACUACAUUAUAUACCCUCAACACUUUCAGUCAGUGAUGAUAAGCAUACGCAUAGUAUUGUUACCUCCAUAUUCGUUAUAAGGACACAAUAAUUGAUCGUUAAUUGAGUCACCGCGAUCAUAUAAUAAUCGAUUUCAAAUUUCGCGAAUAGAACCGAAAGUAAAUAAACGAGAAAUAAUUGUUACUGUGCUGUUAAUAUUAAUUUUUGUUCGUCUCGCCUGUUCCGCGGCCUGAAUUGAAAUUUUUCGCCGCGGUUUGAUCAAUGCGAUAUAGUGAUUCAUAAUUCAGCUUGCAAUAGUGAUAGUAAAGAUAAACGCGAAGUUUUUAAUUAUCGAAAUAGCGCCGAUUAAUUUGUUUCAGCGUUCUUAUAGAUUUUAAGCGAAACAUUUUAAGUCCGACGUGAGAGCAUCAAUAUUUUUUUUCGCAGAUUUUAAAAGUACGAUUGAUCAAUCGUCAAUGUAACGCGAUGUAUUGUCGCGUCGAUAAUUAUUGUCUCGGACGAAUUCAUUUUCCCACAUUGCAAUAAUAAAAAUAAUAAUAAAUUAGUAUAUUACACUUGUUAGCGAAAUUGUACUAUAAAGAGAGAGAGAGAGAGAG